CUGCAUCUCGUUCGUAAAUGUUUUGUUUCGAUUUCGAUAUGCUCAGUGCAUGCAGUGUACUAUACAGUACAUGUACACGACAUCAUUGUCCGCUGGUGCCAGUGUGAUAGUUCUGCACAAGCUACGAACCGAUGCUGUGUCAGCCAUGGCACCAUAUGUCUAGAUAUCAUACUCAGUCUAAUCUAAGAUCAAUAAUCUUUGUGUAUUAAUAUACAGGAAGCAAUCCGAACAAAAUGAACGGAAAAGAGCACAAGGACAUGGCCGAUCAACUCUUGGCAAGUGAACACACCGAAGAUGAAGAAGAGCCAGUUGGUAACAAAAAUGUUGUCGCGCAACCCGACGGUUCAGAUCGGGGUACUACGAGUACCUCCGAAAACGUCCGAAAGACCAUCUUCGGGCUUGUGAUCGUGGUUGGGAUCGCCUUUUCGUGGGUCGGGGCGACACAGUUUAGUCAGAGCACCUACACGUCGGACUUCUCGUCGGCCUCCGUGAAUGUGUGGUUCUCAACCUCGUGGAUGCUCGUCUGCUAUCCGGUCUACGUCAUCGGCUGUUUGGUGGUCCUUCCCAGGAGUCGAAGUGGAGCAGGUCUCAAGACAUUACACAGAGACGCCGAGGGCGUCUUCGGUAGCCGAGGUCUCUGUCUGCGGACCUUCCUCACAUUAACGGUGCCAUUUGCAGCAUGCUGGGCAGUCACAAACUACUUGUACGUCUACGCACUGGGUCUCAUAGCCGCUGCUGACGUCACAGCGAUCUUCUCGUCCAACACGGCUUUCAUUUACGUGUUCUCGUGGUUAUGGCUUCACGAACGGCUGGUUCUUUUACCAGUUAGGAGCGUGUCCGUUGUCCUGUCUAUAGGCGGCAUGGUCCUGAUAUCCUACUCCGAUGGUUUUGAGGGAUCCACGGCUCUCGGAGUCGGCUUCUCCGUGGGUGCUGCAAUCGGUUCAGCUAUAUACAAGGUGUUGUUCAAACGUUUUAUCGGUAACGCAACUUCCGGUCAAGUGAGUCUCUUCCUGAGUGUCUUGGGUAUCUUCAACAUCCUCUUCUUAUGGCCCUUCAUCAUCAUCUUCUACUACACUGAGGUAGAGUCAUGGAGCUUUGAUAAGAUCCCAUGGGAUUAUCUGUGUGGUAGUGCUGCACUCAGCGUAGCAUUCAACUUUCUGGUCAACUUUGGGAUCGCUGUUACAUUUCCUCUGUUCAUCGCCCUGGGGACGGUUCUUGGUAUUCCACUCAAUGCUGUCGUCGAUUUGGUCUUCCGCGGGACGAACUUCAGCAACUUCAAGAUCGGCGGUUCCGUCCUCGUUAUAGUCGGGUUCCUGGUCAUGCUCAUACCGGAACGCUGGCAACAGAAGGUGGCGUGUUGGACCGAAGGCAGCUGCCCGUGGGAAAGGAGACGUGCAGCCGGGGAGAACACUGCUGAUGGUCUCGACAACGAAGGAGUUGAUACCGAGAAGGGGUUGGAUUCCGGUACUAAAGCAACAACGUCGGACGCUGAAGUGCAAGCAGAUUUUCCAUCAGUGUAAUAAUGUGUCAAAGUUAAAGUUUUACGUCUCUUCCGAAGCUAUUAUUAUAAGUAUUGGCUUUAAGAUCAUUUACUACACACAGAGAAUUCCUAAUAUACAGGGGGCAUUGUGCAUUUUAUGAGUUUGCUUUAUAGUAUCGUUUACGACCAAUGCUAUCAAAGCCACCGUUGAAUGGUUUCUAUGCGAUUUGUAAUGGAUCUUAUCAUUUAUCUCCAUUAUGGAGAUCAUUCAGGCUGAUAUUCUUCCUAAACGUUAGUUGUGAUUAAAGGAAACGUUGCCUUGGAUCGGUCGAGUUGGUCUUUGAAAAAUCGUUUGUAACCGUUUGUUAUCAAAUGCAU